AUGUUCAUAAACCGCUGAUUAUUCUCAACCAACCAUAAGGACAUCGGCACUCUAUAUCUACUAUUCGGUGCCUGAGCGGGAAUGGUGGGCACUGGCCUAAGCUUGCUAAUCCGCACCGAGUUAGGCCAACCCGGUACAUUAAUUGGGGAUGACCAAGUCUACAACGUGCUGGUAACAGCUCACGCCUUUGUGAUAAUUUUCUUCAUAGUCAUACCCAUCAUAAUUGGCGGUUUCGGAAACUGAUUAGUUCCUCUAAUAAUCGGAGCACCUGACAUAGCCUUUCCUCGUAUAAAUAACAUGAGCUUCUGACUACUCCCCCCUUCAUUCCUACUACUAAUAGCUUCUUCAAUAGUCGAAGCCGGCGCAGGUACAGGCUGGACUGUUUACCCCCCUCUAGCCGGAAAUUUAGCACAUGCAGGAGCAUCCGUAGACCUUACCAUCUUUUCCCUACACCUAGCUGGUGUCUCCUCAAUCCUUGGAGCCAUCAACUUUAUUACAACCAUUAUCAACAUAAAACCCCCAGCCAUAACUCAAUACCAAACACCUCUCUUCGUAUGAUCUAUUUUAGUCACGGCUGUAUUGCUCCUCCUAUCCCUACCAGUCUUAGCAGCUGGAAUCACCAUACUGUUAACCGACCGAAACCUAAAUACAACUUUCUUUGACCCGGCAGGAGGAGGAGACCCUGUUUUGUAUCAACACUUAUUCUGAUUCUUCGGUCACCCUGAGGUCUAUAUUCUAAUCCUACCUGGCUUCGGAAUAAUCUCCCACAUCGUAACUUAUUAUUCCGGGAAAAAAGAGCCCUUUGGAUAUAUGGGAAUAGUCUGGGCUAUAAUCUCUAUUGGAUUCUUAGGCUUUAUCGUAUGAGCCCACCACAUAUUCACUGUAGGUAUGGAUGUUGACACACGAGCAUACUUUACAUCCGUAACUAUAAUCAUUGCCAUCCCUACAGGAGUAAAAAUCUUCAGCUGACUGGCAACCCUCCAUGGAGGCAACAUUAAAUGAUCUCCCGCCCUAAUAUGAGCCUUAGGCUUCAUUUUUCUCUUUACAGUAGGUGGCUUGACUGGUAUUGUCCUAGCCAACUCUUCACUAGAUGUCGUCCUUCACGAUACAUACUAUGUAGUCGCCCACUUCCACUACGUUCUUUCAAUAGGAGCUGUUUUUGCCAUCAUAGGAGGUUUCGUUCACUGAUUCCCAUUAUUCUCAGGAUAUACACUUGACCCCACAUGAGCAAAAAUCCAUUUCCUCAUCAUAUUUGUAGGCGUAAACCUGACAUUCUUCCCUCAACAUUUCCUAGGCCUAUCAGGCAUGCCUCGACGAUACUCGGACUAUCCAGACGCCUAUACAACAUGAAACACAGUCUCAUCAAUAGGCUCAUUCAUCUCACUAACAGCAGUUAUACUGAUAAUCUUCAUUAUCUGAGAAGCCUUCGCAUCCAAACGAGAAGUAACAUCAAUACAUCUUACCUCUACCAACCUCGAAUGACUAAAUGGGUGCCCUCCACCAUAUCACACAUUCGAAGAACCUGUAUACAUCAAUCCAAAAUGAUCAAGA